GAUGGUUCUGUGUUCCUUAGAGAAAAGCUGCAUGGCUCCCCCUCAGUCAAACAUUGAAUGCAAAUUCAAAGGAACUUUCGUUGACCACAUAUUGGUAACCGUCAUCAUGGUAUUCGGCAAUGAAUCACCAUCCCACGAUGAUUUGGCUGAACCGAAGAGGUAUUUCAACGGUCUGAACUUAGUCAGUGAUCAAGGGCAGUCGCAUUGCGGCUGCGUUGACAACCUAACUGGCGAAACAUUCAACUUUUGCUAUCAACACCCUCAUAAACCAUUCCAUAUUGGUAAAAAGUUUUCUUGCCGCUGGCUGCCGUACUUGAAAAAUCUCGGUCUUUUCGAGCCAAUGGAAUAUGUUCAAACGAAGGACCUUGACCAUCUGAAACCAGCUUUUGUGACAGCCGCCGACAAAGGCUUUUUCGACCCAACCAUCACUUCGAUCGUCAACUUUCAAUCACAUUUUCCGGGCGAAACACUCAUCGUCUAUGAUCUUGGAUUCACGCAGGAGCAAGCGGAUCAAAUAAAGACAUCGUGCAACGUGGAGUACAGAAAAUUUCCCCUUGAGAAGUUUCCAGAUUAUGUGGGAAAUUUGAUAGAAUAUCGCUUCAAGUUUUACAUUGUCGCAGAAGUUCUAAGGAAGAACAAAGCUGCCUGGUGGCUGGACACAAGCGUUUAUUUCAAAUCCGGUAAUCUCGGCGCUGUUUACCCUAGAAGCACUUGCGAAAACGCGACAACAGCUGCCCGUAUUUCCGGAAUGACCGAUCAUCCGUCCGUCACAAAGAAAUCGCACCAGAUCCAAGAAUGCCAGUUGCCCUCUGCUUUGGUGUUCAUCAGUACGGGACAUAGCAAUUACGCCACAACAGAGCCAGGUUAUUCUUUAAAUAAAAUUUUUAUGCAAAUUGUGUCUCUGAGGCCGUCAGUGAACUUACGGAUGUGCCGCUGAUU